CGCAUUGGUCGGUCGGCCGUGAUCACGACGCGCUGCAAACUCCUUUUACGUAGUGUUUUCAUGUCAAGCAGUCGCGAGUCACAGUAAAGAGCAAAUCAUCGAUCAUGUUGGGACGCAAAUAGCCGCCCUAUCUGUCAUCCUCUAGCCAAUGAGGAAGUAGGGGUGGAUCGCGCUUGCGCAGUAGCUUCGUUUUUUUGCAGCUGUGCUGUGUUCUGCCUCAUCAGGUGAAACAGAGUGGGUUUAGUUUUUACUGUGUCCGAUGUGCCCGUCCGACCCCCGCAGCGGUGGCUGCGAUAAGUCCGUUUUAUUUGGUUUUACAAAAGUUACCGGGGACUCCGAGUCCCUGCCCUGGAGUGACUUGGCCCUGCGUAUAAGCGGAAAGCGUCCAAUGCCACAAUGUGUGUGACUGUGACCAUUGUGUAUGAGAAUGAAGGGAAGUAUGGCUACUGCGCCGGGGACUCAGUCACGGGAUAUGUGCUGCUAGAAGUGCUCCGUGACAUUCGGCUGCUGCGGCUUCUCCUGCGGGUUUGUGGGGGCGCCGUGACCUGUAAGCCGGGGAAACACCUGGAAGACGCGUGGGAGUCAUUCCCAGUGGGGACCCAGUAUGUGAAUGAGGAGUACGACUUACUGACAGAGCCAGCAGGUGAAAUACUCCUGUUCCCAGCGGGAAAGCACAAAAUUCCCUUUCGCUUUCAACUACAAGAGAGCCCUCUUGUUACAAGUUUUGCUGGGAAAUAUGGUAAAGUUUACUACCAAACUACAGCUGUUUUGAAAAGACCUUCAGUGCCUCCUCAUGCCACUCACCGAGAGCUUCGUAUCAUCAGUCCUAUCAACAUCAACUCUCCAUCUUUAUAUACUCCUGUACAAAGAUCCAAAGAAGUAAUGGUCGGUUGCUGGUUCUUCCAGUCAGGUCCAAUAUCUGUCAAUGCCAAAAUUGGAAGAAAAGGCUAUUGUAAUGGAGAAGCUAUCCACAUAUAUGCAGAUAUAGAAAAUGGCUCCUCUCGCUUAGUAGUGCCCAAAGCUGCCAUUUACCAAACACAGAGCUUCUUGCUGGAUGGGAAGACAAGAACAGUGAGACAGAUGUUGGCUACUGUGCGGGGAAACCACAUUGCCUCUGGGAGCACUGACUCUUGGAAUGGCAAAGCACUGAAGAUUCCCCCAGUAACUCCUUCUAUUCUGGAGUGCAACAUUAUCAGAGUGGAGUAUUCACUUGUGGUCUCUAUUAACAUUCCCGGAGCAAAGAAACUGAAGGUGGAACUGCCAUUGGUUGUUGGUACAGUCCCGCUUAAUGAGUUCAACUGUAGAAAUGCCAGUGUUGCCAGACAAUUUUCAAUGGAUAUGAGCUGGCUUGCCUUGGCUCUUCCAGAACAGCCAGAAGCCCCACCAAAUUAUGCAGAAAUAGUGUCCGAAGAAGAUCUGUCCAGAGAUAACUAUUCCAUAGAAGAAAUUGGUGAAGGACUCCACUGCCCUCCAUUUGCUGUCAUCCAGGAGUUUCGGUUUCAGCCGCCACCACUCUAUUCAGAGGUAGAUCCUCAUCCCUGCCCCACAACAGAUGGACAGAAUGUAUGCUUCACUUUGGGAAACUAAAACACCAACAUUCUACAGCUCCUUUUCAGUUCUCUUCAUGGGGUGCAUAAUCCAAAAGACUAAGAUUGUUUACAACCUAUGAACCUUCCACUGAAUAUGCCUAUAUGCUGUGAAAAAAUGUCAAAAUUAACCAGAUGCCUACCAAACGUGAUGCUGCUGUUUUUACCAAAAUCUGUGAUUCUUUUUUUUUCAACUUGAAAGUCUUACCACAAAGACUAAACAGAACGGUUGCACAGAUCAUACAUAGAAGGCAAAUGUGAUGCCUACUACUUGUACUGAAUGAGAACAACAGAUGAGAUUUACACCUCAGCACUAUCUGCAAAAGAAGGGAAUUCCAUGCUUUAAAAGGGAAAACGGAACUGAAAGGAAAUUCUAUCAAUGAUUUGGUGUGGCACAUUGAUCUGUGCUCCCUAUCAUCACAUGCAGUAUAAGUAAAUCUUAAAGAAAAUGUGAGGUUUAUGCAAGUUGGUUAUGAUACUAUUGCAUAAUACUGCUAUAGGCCUUGUAGAACAUGAUCAAUCUUUGUUUUGCUUUAUAACAUUUGUCUUACGCGUAUAUAUAGAUCAGUUCAGAAUACAGAUUGGUAGAGGGAUCGUUAGAGAGAAGCAGAGGAACAGGCUGGAAAGAGAGGAGGAGGCCUGGGCUAGAGAGCGAGAGAAACACUACAUAGAGCAGUAGAAGGACUGGCUAGCGAGAGAAAGAGAGGUCUAACAACAGACGAGAGCUAGAGAGUCCUGCUGUAGAGUGAAGAAGAGAGACUGAUUAGAUGGAAAGGAAGCCUGAGCAGGAGACUGGUAGAGGGAGAGUACUCAAAAGAUAGGAGAGAAAGAAGUGGAAAGACAGAGUAAAAGAAAGUGGGGAGACUUACAUUUUUCCUUUUUACUCUACUAUUGGUCCAACAUUUGAUCAAGUCUGUUUCUCAGCUUUUAACAGUGUUACCUUUCCUGUAUAUAAACGAAUUGGUGUAAUAGCAAUUCACCCAUAGUUCCAAGAAUAUGGAGGUCAGCAUACAAGAGCUCUGGCUGGUCUUCAGGCUGAGACAGAGAAAGGGACAGACAUGGAGACUGAUUGGGGACGAGGAGAGACACAUGACAGGUAGGAGAUUGUAGUAAUUCAAACUAAUAUGUGCUUUGUUGAUUUUCUUUCCU